GUAGGUGUUGGGACAGCGCGGCGUGCGGGCGUUGGUACCGGGUGAGGGUCCUGGCCAUGAAGUGUAACGUCCCAUUUCUUUCUGUUGCAGAUGGAAGAAAAACGACGAAAGUACUCGAUCAGCAGUGAUAACUCUGACACCACUGACAGUCACACCACGUCUGCGUCCAGAUGCUCCAAGCUUCCGAAUACCAAAUCCAACUGGUCCCGGCAGAAGGAGAAGAAGCCCUCUGAGGUUUUCCGCACGGAUCUGAUAACAGCCAUGAAGAUCCCCGACUCCUUCCAGCUCAGCCCGGAGGAGUACUACGUCCUGGCCGACCCCUGGCGCCAGGAGUGGGAGAAGGGCGUCCAGGUCCCCGCCAGCGCCGAGGCCAUCCCCCAGCCCGUGGUCAGGAUCAUUCCCCAGCUGGAGAACUCGCCUUCGCCGGUUUCGCCGAGCAGCCUGCCCGGCUCUGAGAUUUCGGAAGCCACAAGGACGUACUUGCAGGGAGUGAGCCGCUACGACCUGGACGAGCUCGAUGCCUGCUGGUUGGAGCUGGUUAACAUGGAGCUCAAGGAGAUGGAAAAGCCCGAGCUGGAUGAGAUCACCCUGGAGAGAGUGCUGGAGGAGCUGGAGACCAUGUGCUACGAGAACAUGAACAUCGCCAUCGAGACGGAGGAGGGCCUGGGCAUCGAGUACGACGAGGACGUGGUGUGCGACGUGUGCCGCUCACCAGAGGGGGAGGACGGCAACGAGAUGGUGUUCUGCGACAAGUGCAACGUCUGCGUGCACCAGGCGUGCUACGGCAUCCUGAAGGUCCCCAUCGGCAGCUGGCUGUGCCGCACCUGCGCCCUCGGCGUCCAGCCCAAGUGUCUGCUGUGCCCCAAGAGAGGGGGAGCGCUGAAGCCCACUCGGAGCGGGACAAAAUGGGUCCACGUUAGCUGUGCCUUAUGGAUACCUGAAGUUAGCAUUGGAUGUCCUGAAAAAAUGGAACCCAUUACGAAGAUCUCCCACAUCCCAGCAAGCAGAUGGGCUCUGUCCUGCAGCCUCUGCAAGGAGUGCACUGGGACCUGUAUUCAGUGCUCCAUGCCCGCCUGUGUCACCGCGUUCCACGUCACCUGCGCCUUCGACCACAACCUCGACAUGCGGACUAUUUUAGCGGACAACGACGAAGUGAAGUUCAAGUCCUUCUGCCUCGAGCACAGCACCGGUGCCACCAAACUGCCCGAGGAGGCACGGACAGAGCCUGACCAGGCCCAGCUGGACUUGGAGAAGGUCACGCUGCGGAAGCAGAAGCUCCAGCAGCUGGAGGAGGACUUCUAUGAGCUCGUGAAGCCUUCGGAGGUGGCGGAGAACCUCGACCUAAGCGAAUCGCUGGUGGAUUUCGUCUAUCAGUACUGGAAGCUGAAGAGGAAAGCCAACUCCAACAAGCCGCUGCUGACACCAAAAACGGAUGAGGUGGACAACUUGGCUCAGCAGGAACAGGACGUUCUCUACCGACGCUUGAAGCUCUUCACACACCUCAGGCAAGACCUGGAGAGGGUUAGAAAUCUCUGUUAUAUGGUGACGAGACGGGAGAAAAUGAAACACACCAUCUGUAAACUCCAGGAGCAGAUCUUCCAUCUCCAGAUGAAACUUAUUGAGAAAGAUCUUUACCCAGAACAAACUGGGAAGAAGACAAAGGGUAAGAAAAGUGACCCGAGAAGGAAAGGAAGAGAUGGUAGAAAAAAUAGUCCCGAGAAGAAAGAGAAAAGGAAAUCAAUCAACGAAACUGUGUUGGGACAACUGGGCCUGUCAACUUCCUUCCCCAUCGACGGGACCUUCUUCAACAGCUGGCUGGCGCAGUCGGUGCAGAUCACGGCCGAGAACAUGGCCAUGAGCGAGUGGUCCCUGAACAACGCCCACCACGAGGACAGCACCCCCGGCCUCUCCGAGGAGCUCCUGCAGGACGAGGAGACCUUGCUCAGCUUCAUGAUGGACCACUCCCUGAGGUCCCCGUUCAAGCAGAGCGAGGCUGCAAAGAAGGUGAAAAGCAAAACGAGAACGAACACUAAGAAAAAGCUGCCCAAGAGCAGCCUGAAUGCAGUCUUCAGGAGCCAGCAAGAGGGCUCGGAGAGGUGGACUAACCACGCCAGCGACCUGUCGGAUGACGCCGCCAAGCCCUUCGCCCACGACUCGAGACCUGGCAAGUCAGAGAAAGGGGCGGCGAAGCUGCCCACGGACCGCAGGGGAUCGGGUGAGACAAAAAAGGCGGCGAAGAAGGGGUCUGUCCCCAAAACGAAUGACCCGCAGGUCCCGUCGGGCGCGAGAGGCUGCGUCAGCAAGGAGGAGGCGGCGGCGAAUUGCGCUCAGCCCGAGCCCAGCCCCGCGGCUCAAGUGCCUGACCCCGUAGGUAGCCCGAAAACCGUCGUGCGGUUCAAAUUACCAAAGGAGAGCCGAGGGACUCGGCGGUCGCAGCCCCCCAAGGCCGACGGUGCCGGCGGGCCCUCCCUGCGCCGUUUCGAGGCCGAGACGGACGGCUACUUCUCCGACGCCGAGAUGAGCGACUCGGACGGGGAGCCGCGGGGCGGCAGGGCACAGCGGGGCCAGCUGGAGGCGGGCGGUGAGGAGAUCGUGCGGAUGAGCAUCCUGGCAUCCUAACGCCGCCCGGCCGCCCGACUCAACCCAGUCACAACUGCCAUGUCCGAUUUCUGCCUGGUAUCGCAGCGAAAGGGGGAUUUUUAAUAUGUAUAUAUAGUUGGAAAUUCGGCACCAUUGUCUUUUCUCUUCUCUUUAUGCCUGAGAUACAGCUUCAGCUUCACCAACGUAGAUUGCCGUGACAGUAGUUGUCCCUUCCCGGUGCGCCCCGCUCCCGGGGAUGCCAGCGCGCGGGCAGGGGUCCGGCGGCACGGGGGGCUGCGGCGGCCCCGGUCUCUGCAGGGGUGAGCGCGCAUCGGGCAUUAUUGCAGAGGGGCAGAGAGAUCUCCCCUUGGGCCGGAUCAGGGGGCGAGGGCAGGGUCCGAGAGCGGCCGCCUGCGCGCGCAGAGCUGAGCGGGGAAGGAAAUACCCCUGCGCGCAUCAAGGAGGGAGUAAAGCAAGUGAUGCUAAAAUAAAUCACGACAAAAGCACAAAAAGCUUGUUGGAGGAAAGCGCUCGGGGUGGGUGAGAGCGAUGUUACGUUUCUGUUUUUAGAGAAACCUCGGUCACUGUUUUUUCCCCUCUGCUCUGAAGCCGUCCAGGGGCCCUGGAGCAGGAUUUGUCCCUGGAGGGGGCUGGCGGGAGGUGCCCGCCUCUCCCCAGCCCCGCGCCUCCGGCCCCUCCGGAGCAGCUGUAAAUCCCGGGGCUUGCUCGGCCACGCUGAGGUCAUUGGAAAAACUGAAGUGAUUCACUCAGGUUAAUUAAUUGAUGAGCGCUUAGCAAGCCGAAACAGAGGUGUGGGGAAGGACGGAGGAGGAAAAAAAAAUAAUAAUAAAAUCCUUUAAAAAUACCAGGGGGAGCCGGGAUUGUCGCAGCCCCGCGAGGUCGGGUGAAGUUUUUCUGCUGGCGCUGAUCUCCGAGGGCUGUCGGGGUCCCACCCUGCUGGGGCUGCGCAUCCGAGCCCCCCUGCGCACAGCAAAGCGUUCGGCCCCGAGGCUAAAUGUGCCAUCAGCGAGAGGGAACGAAAGUGUUUGCCUUGACCGUUUGGUUUUCCUACGAAAUGCUACAAUGGAAAUGGUGAAUUUCUUCCUCCCCAUCCCCCUUUUUUUUUAAAUUCCUUAAAUCCUGGUUACAAGCUGUUGACUCCUUGUGGGAGGGUGAUUCACAGAAGCUGACAUUAUAAAUAUUACAAUAAUUUAAUGCAUAAAAACGUCCCCAAUAAGCCUUAAAUGUUGUUUAAAAGCCCAUGUUACCUAUAAGUCAGGCGAAUUUCCAUGUUUGCACUUAAUUGCACCAUUACUUCGGUUUUGGCUUCAAAGGUCACAGUUAAGUCGUGCUACGUGUUUUAUUGGAGUGACCCCAGUGUGAGCUCAGGGAACAAAAAAAAAAAAAAAAAAGGAAUUCACUGAAACUUUUGUUGUUGUUGUUUUUUAAAAAUAAAAAAUGUUUAAAAAAAAAACUAAAAAAAGAAAAAAAAAAAACACAAACCUGGGACACUUCUGCAACUGGUUAAACCCAUCACUUUAAACAGGAAACCUUACAAUUGUCAAACAGAUCAGUCAAAUAAUUUUGUGGAUGCCAAAGAAUACUUUGACAGUCAAGCAGCACAGCCAGAAACCGGAAUCUUGUCACUAUGGGAAAUUGGAAGUUAUUUAGCAACAAAGGACUAAAGACACACUCAUAACACACUGCUGCGGCAUUAGGUUCCAAGCUUGCUCCAAGGGAUGCUGCUGCUCCUGAGACCGCAUCCCGCCGUUUUGAUUUCCAGUGCUUUUUGCUCAUUUCACUGUGAGCUUUCUUUUGAAACUCUGAGACUCCUCUAAUCGACUGUCCUGGUGUUUUAGAGUAGAUCAUCUUUUAUCAGCCUUCACAAGUCCUUACGAUCGGUAAAAUCGCAGCAAAGUAAACCAAGUACAGCCUAGCUAAUCCCGGGCGGGGGGAGCGCAGCGGGUGCCGAGCGCCUGCACCCAGCCCAGGGGAAGCCCAGCACUCGAGGAGCUGAGACUGGCCGUGCCUGGGAGAGCAUCUUCCUCGUGGGAACAGCGUCACACGAGUUGUUAGCAGGAAAAAUAAAUAAUAAAUAAAUCAGCGGAACAGGAACCACCUUUGGUAUAAAUUAGCGUAAUCCAUUGAGGUUGGAAGUGAAAAUCUGCUCAUUAAUUAAGGCUCAGUAUGUUCAGAUAAUGUUAAAUACAGUAAAUAGGACUUAGUUUAUCUUAUCAGGCUUGCUAGCUUUAGCUACAGUAUCCUAGUAUAAGAGUCAUAACAAUAAUCAAUAUGCUGCCUUUUAAUGAAUCUUGCUUCCGUGUGCUUCACUCAGUUAUGGUUAAAAAAAAAAAGAAAAAAGCAAUCCACAACCUUCACUGUACACAGCUUCACUCAUCGGCUUCCGCACGACUUGUCUUCUCAGUACAGGAAAGCAAAAAGGGCGAGACCCUAAAGAACAACCACGCUGGCACCGCCGGGGCUCAGCACCCGCCCCAGUGCCCCAAAAUAAAGCAAUUUGCGCGAAAUACUCCCAAAAGGGCAGGCGGUGUGGUCCUGCCAUCGGGUUGGGGGGGGGAAGCUGAGCGGGGCGAGCUCGGUGGGAGAAACCCGGGGCAGGAGAGGGGCAGGGGGACGGGGGAGCCGCCGGGUUGGGCGUCUGGGGGAGGCGAUGCACAAGGCUGAUAUUUUUGAUGAUACUGUAAAUGUAUUUUGAAAUGAAUAGAAAGAAAAAAAAAUAUAAUGGUUUAUUUUGUUAGAGAAAUGUUGUCUUUUAAGAUGUAUAAACUGCAGGAAUCGACAUUUGCACUGUAAGAGCACCCGUCCCCUUGGAGAGGCAGCUCCGAGGACGAUGCUAAAAGCGUCGGCACCACGGAGAGCAGCCCCUCACCGACCCAAACCCCAGCGCCCCGGGGGCUGUGCUGAGGACAGUCCCCGUCUCACGCACCGGCUUUCCCCACAGCCCUUCGGUUUUUGCACCUCUUCCAUGGUUUUCGCCGCCUGCCGCCCCAGGGAGCGCCCCCAGCGCGGGCAGGCGAGCGUUGGUUGUUCCUUAGGGAGAUGCCCGCGGUUUGCUCCAUCCCACACAGACCAGACCCACUCCACAUCAGUUACAGGAAACGAUAUGAAUGUCGCAGGAGGAGAAACCCUUCUGUUUUCUUUGUUUCAAAGAACGUGAUGUGCCAUUUGUUAAUAUAAAAGAGAAAUAUUGAAAAUAUAUUGAAAAGAGCAAUUUUAAAUUAUUUUUGGCUUAUGUUGCAAUAUUUAUUUUCUUGUAUUAGAAAUUCCUUUGUAGAGAAAAAAUGUAUUUUUCAUUAAUGCAAAAACCUAUUUCUCCUUUUUGUACAUUUUCCAUGUUAGUUAAUCCUUAAAGCAAUAUAAUGUUAUCAAACUUGUUCUGUGUGAGACUGUAUUAUGCAUGCUAUUUGUGUUGCCUUGGACUAGCUCUGUCUGCCAUUAUUUCCAUCCUGUUUAGAUACAGUGUAUGCUUUAAUACACAUUGGGACCAUGGCCCAUUGCUUAUGGAAGAGAAAAAAAAAAAAAAAAAAAAAAAAAAAAACAACAAAACAAAACAAAACAAAAAAACCUUUGCAUUCCUCAAUGUGUUGGCAAAUGCAGUCAAUAAAGCAGUGUUUUAUGUGUG